AUGCGAUUACCAACAACUCUCCUACCCUGUCUCGGAGUCAUAGCAGCGGUUAUCGGAACUGACGGACAGGCUGUCGUGCCUGAAGGUCUCAAUGAAAACCAAAAGACUUUGUACACAAAUGACUGGGCAGAUCGAGUAUGGAAACAGAUACAAGGUGUAUCGUCUUGUUCGGGAUGUCAGGGCCUUUUAUUGACUUUCAAGAGCCUCGCGAAUCUGGGUGAUCGACACUUUGUCAACACCCUACAGGACGUCGAGGAUGCAGAUGUUUGUGAUGGAACCAUCGAGCUUCAAGGGCCUAUUAUAGCCGAGGCGUUGAGAAACGUUGCCAUCGGCUCAAAGACUUCGCAGCAUUUUUGCGUAACAUUUCUAGGUCUCUGCCGCUAUCCUGCUAUAGACGAAUGGGAAGUCCCUGUGCCUCCUGAUCACUUGCGCCGAAAGCGUCCAGUCUCGAGCGGAAGAGACCCUAUCAAAGUUGUUCACUAUUCCGAUAUACAUGUUGACCAGCUCUACACUGAAGGGUCGAAUUCAGAGUGUGGCAAACCAAUAUGCUGCAGAAGACCUUCCACAGAAGAUGACGAGCCUGGGAGCGCGGUAUCUCCGGCUGGACCAUAUGGGGAGCAUACUUGUGACUCUCCUGCUUCUCUUGAGCUUAGCAUGUAUGAAGCAAUCAAAAAGUUGGUACCCGAUGCCGCUUUCACGAUUUUUACCGGAGACAUUAUCGAUCAUUCAAUCUGGAACACAUCUUGGGACUAUAAUGAGCACCAAAUUAUUCGGUCAUAUGAGCACAUGGAUAGACAUCUCGGUAUAGUCUACGGAACAGCUGGCAACCACGAGUCCCAUCCCACGAAUGCCUACCAGCCUAGUUCUGUUGGCGACGCAUCCUCAUGGAUCUACGACCUUCUCGCAGGGACAUGGUCUCGCUGGAUUGGACAUGAAUCAGCCUCUACAGCAGCAAGAAUCGGUGCUUAUUCAACUAAGUAUCCCCAUGGCAACUUGCGCGUUAUCUCUCUCAACACAAAUCUGUUUUACCGUGGGAAUUUCUGGCUUUUUCAGAGGAAGAUGCUGCGCGAUCCCAGCGGUCAGAUCGAUUGGCUUGUUGAAGAACUCCACGCUGCUGAGAAAGCUGGAGAGCGUGUCUAUAUUAUUGGACAUAUGCCGCUCGGUGACCGGAAUGCAUUUCACGAUCAGUCGAAUUACCUGAACCAGGUAGUGAACCGAUACUCAGCAACCAUCGCAGCCAUGUUCUUUGGUCACACCCACAGAGAUCAUUUUCAGAUUACAUACAGUGAUGCUCCGGGAAAGACCUUUAACAAUGCUCUAAUAACAUCAUAUGUCGGCCCCUCACUCACUCCCAUGUCGGGUAUGCCAUCUUUUCGUGUCUACGAUGUUGAUCCUGUGACGUUUGCUGUCCUCGAUGCAACUACCUACAGCGCCGACAUGACGUCUCCUACAUACCAGACCCAAGGUCCCGUGUGGGAAAAGUAUUAUUCUGCAAAGGAGGCAUAUGGCCCACUCACGAACCCUCCCCUAAUCGACGAUACGGCGGAGCUCACCGCUUCAUUCUGGCACAACGUCACCGAGGUCUUCGAGAAGAAUCAUACAACCUUUGAUGAAUACAUGCUACGUCUCAGCAGAGGCUGGGUACAGCCAGAAUGCACCGGCGAAUGUCGUUCCUCGCAGAUCUGUAUGCUACGAGCGGCACGGAGCCAGGAUGGCUGUGACGUACCAACACUAGGUUUCCCAUACCAUACAAGGAUGCAAAAUGUUGCAGAAAGGGAUGAGUGUGGCAUCUCGGUCUUACAAGCGACUUUUUCGGCCUUGGUGGCCAAGGAGGGGGCCUUGAAGAUUCUGCAAGAGAUUCUGGCAGAUCUGGAUGUGAAGUUACAUGGAUGA